AUGUCGUCCAAUCAGACUCUAAAACCAGACAAGGAUUUUUCCAAAGAGGUGGAUAAACAGCUUCCGGAGGCUGAGAAACUUGCCAAAUCAAAUAUUCUAGGUGCUAUUGAAAAACUCACAGUGUUAGAAAAACAGACAAGACAGGCUUCAGAUCUUGCAUCAACAACGAAGAUUCUCGUCGCAAUAGUAAAUUUAUCAAAAGAGUCAGGAGACUGGGAAUUAUUGAACGAGCAAAUCCUACUGCUGUCUAAAAAACAUGGCCAACUCAAACAAGCCAUCACCAAAAUGGUGCAGGCCGUAAUGGGAUUUCUUGACUCUGCGCCAAAUCUAACGAUCAAGUUAGCUACAAUUGAAACUCUCCGAACCGUUACUGAGGGGAAAAUAUUUGUGGAAGUAGAGCGUGCUCGAGUGACCAAGAUACUUUCAGACAUUAAAAAGAAGCAAGGUGAUUUGAAAGCUGCUUCAGAGAUCUUAUGCGAGCUUCAAGUUGAGACUUUUGGGUCUAUGGAAAGAAGGGAAAAAACAGAAUUCAUUCUCGCUCAAGUCGCUCUAUGCAUCGAAAACGAAGAUUGGGUUCAGGCUGGUAUCCUUAGCCGGAAGAUCAGCACCAAGUACCUUUCUAGGAAACAAAAAAAGACUGAAGAACAACUGGAAAAAGAGACUAUAGACCUAGAAAAGAAGCGCGCUAUGGGGGAGGAUACUACUGACUUGGGGAAUGAUGAUGUUACAGAUCUAAAACUUCAAUAUUACGAGCAGCAAAUCAUUCUAGCUAAAAAUGAUGACAGGUAUUUGGAUGCUUGUAAACACUAUAGACAGGUUCUUGACACCGAGGCUGUGGAAGAGGAUCCCCAAAAGCUCCAUUCAGUUCUCCAACGAAUCAUCUAUUACGUCAUCCUUGCACCAUAUAAUAAUGAGCAGUCUGAUCUGCUCCAUCGGAUUUACAAUGAUGCUAGAAACUCCCAGAUUCCCCUCGACGCGCAGCUCUUAAAGCUCUUUACCGUACACGAACUUAUGCGAUGGCCCGAGGUGUCCAGCGUAUUUGGACCCCACCUCUGUAGCACCGAUGUUUUUGAGUCCCAAGAGAAUCAAUCUGCGGAUAAGAAGUCCCAUCAAAGAUGGAAAGAUUUACGGAAACGUGUUAUCGAACAUAAUGUUGGAGUCAUUGCCAAGUACUAUACCCGCAUACAAGUUCCUCGUUUGACUCAACUGCUCGACCUGGGAGAGGACGAAACCGAGAAAUAUAUCAGUGACUUGGUGACGGCCAAGACUGUAUACGCCAAAAUUGACCGUCCGGCACGGAUUGUCAACUUUGCCAAGCCUCGUGAUGCAGAUGAUGUUUUAAACGAGUGGAGUAGUAAUAUGAAAAGUUUACUAGGCCUGCUGGAGAGGAUAGAUCAUUUGAUUACAAAGGAAGAGAUGAUGGCACGCAUUCAGCAACCUAAAAAUUCUAACAUUAGUCAAAGCACAAGAGCUUGUUAG